CAUAAGCGUGGUAAAUUGUGUUUAUGAUGUGUUUUGUGUUGUUUUUGCCCUAUCUGGGGGCGUGAAAGUUUUGUGUUUGUGUAGUGAUGUGAAGGGGGAUAACUGAUUGGUGUUGCUGGAGGGUGAGUAACUAUUGUAAGAUGCCUGGAGAGGGUGUUUUCACGGGGUGGCUUGGAGGUUGUCCAGAAAGCGAUGCAGCCAUAGAAGCAAUGAUUGGCAUGUUUCUCAUCUUUAAAUGUGUUGUUUGGGUCAUGCCCAAGUUAUUGUUGGGCGCGGUGGGUCAAGCGGCUAAUUUUGUCGGUAAUUUAGCGGUUAAACCAGCGGCUAAAAUAGCGGCCAAACACGCGGCACUGUUUCCUUUAAUAUUGAUGGCGAUGGAUGGCACUAAACAAGUGUUCAAAUCAGUUGCUAACUUAGCGACCUUCAAGUUGCAAAUCUCUUGGUUAUGUGUGGACACAUGACUCGUUUAUUGAUAAUUUUAAAGCUUUGAAUUUGUUAAAAUAAUGUGAAGAACAGAGAUGCAUUGCAGCCCGCAAAUUUAAUUUUUAUUUUGCAAUAGAUGAUUCAUGCGUUAUUUUGUGACACAUUUACAAGACAAAUUUUGUGACAAAUCGUGUCCGGGUUGAGUUAGAUAAAUGUGUCGGUGCCGUGAAGGACCAAAUUGCAGCUGGUGAAAGUUGUGUAUCCCGUGCCAAGAGUUACAAUCAUAGUUGGUGAGACCAUGCAGCCGAAGCCUCAUUGUGUGUUGUGUGUUGUGAGUAGUUAUGGAGACAGAAAUAUUUUUGAAUGUUUUCAUUGUGUUUUUGUGGCCCAAUGAGUGAAGUUAUCAAAAUAUGGAAAUUAUAUUGUUCACAAUCAGUAGGGAGAUGGAAGACACUGAUGCUGCGGAAGAGUGCGCGUUGGAGAAGCCAACUGAAGCCAAACAACAGAGUUCGGACGUUGAUUCCAAAUUGAGGGAUGACCUGAGCAGCGAAGAUUCGGACUCUGACCAGGACAUCUUUUUAGAGUUUGACAGCCCGAAGGAACAGACAAUGCCAGUUGGCAGCAGUGAAACAGAGGAUCAUCUUCCAGGAAGUGUGCCCGAGCUAUCAUAUGUUGCAGUUCGGCAAUCAAUGCAAAUUCUUGUGGAGGACUGGCAGUUAGAGUUGGCGAAAUUGGCUGCAUGUGCAAGAGGCCCAGUGCCAAAGAGAAGGAGACCGAUCUUCAACUAAUAGACGGGGUGAUCAUUCUUGUAAAGUGUGUGGUUUGCUUUGUAAUGCAGGAAGAUUAUUUUCGAUCAUUUUUAUUGUAAAUUGUCGGCUAGUGGUGACAAUCCUUUUGUAGUUGGAUGCUUUUGUCUUGGAUUUAUUUUUUUUCGAGUGGGUUUUUGCAGUGUGGUGGUCGGGUUGUUGUAUAUAAAACUGGAAUUGGUGGCUGACAUUAAAAGAUAAUAGGGAAGUGAAAUUUGAAAAACAAUGUUUUAUUGAAUUCAAUGGCGGUACACUACCCGGGUUGCAUUCCGAUGAAAAGAGCUACAAAUAUUUAUAAAUUUAUAAGAAAGUGUGUGAUACAAUUGCCUAUAAGCCUUUACACAUGUGCAAAUCAGAAACAUCCCGUAUGGUAAUAAUUAGUUUCAUACCGAGAAAAAGAAAAUUUAUCAAAAAUUUUGAAACAGAAUGAGUGCACUAUUAUUUGAAGGGUGCACCUCGACAUGCGCCUCCCUUUGAGGUCAACUGCCUCUCAAAGUGUCUCAUUGCAUCUGGUGCAACUUUACACGGGCAUCGAGCCCAACCAGCUCCUCCCUGAGCUUGCGCUGUUUCCUGUACAUGGCGUUGAUCUCUCUUUGUACUUGAUCAAUUUCACGGAACUUUCCGGCGUAGUCAACGUGUUUGUUGGACAGGUCAGCUUGAAUGUUGUCAAGUCUGCGGUAGAAUGUUUUAAUUGCCCUCUCACAAGUUGCAAUUGAUGCUGUAAUAGACAUGUAAUUAAAUGGCGACAAUACUUGAAAUAAAGAACAUUUACCUUUAGCUGAAGAGCACCUGGCUUGCAAUUGCUGGUGCUCAGAAGCUGCGAAGUUACCCUCCGUGUUUUGGCAGGGAUCCAUGUUAGUAGGAUUCCCCUUGUGUUGGAAGUUGU